GAUUUGAUAAUUCCCAACGUAUAAAAAGCGCACACAUGGCUCCAUCCCGUCUUUAACCUUGUAGUCUAUAAAGUCAGCAAACUUCACGCCAAGUUGCCAGACAAGAGAAACACCGAGUGGAUGUCUCGCAAAUUUAAAGCCAGGGGAACUUAGUGGAAAAGGUAAAGAAACACAAUGGAGCUGAAACCUUUAUUGAAGAAGUUGGGCUCAGUAAUCCGUGCCAUCUUCACUUUCCUCUUUGCGUUGCUGGUCCUGGGCGUGAUGGUGUGGGCCUAUGUGGAGGGUUUCCAGCUGGUGACCUCCAAGUAUGGAAUCAUCUCCUUUGGCUUUUAUGGAGUACUCCUCUCAGUCCAUGUAUUGGUCCAGAGCUUCUUUGCUUUCAUUGAGCACCGGAGAAUGAAAGCUCGCAUAGAUCCAUGCACCUUUACCAAAACCAUUGCCCUAACAAUAUCAGCUUACCAGGAGGACCCUGUCUACCUCAGAGAGUGCCUCAACUCCAUCAGAGCUCUCCAGUAUCCCCCCGAGCUGCUACGCAUCAUCAUGGUGAUAGAUGGGAACUCACGCGAUGACCAAUAUAUGAUGGAGAUGUUCAGAGAGGUUUUUGCUGACCAAGACCCUGGCUAUUAUGUGUGGAGUAACAACUACCAUACAUGGGACCCCACUCAGGCCCGGCAGGAUGUGGGAAUGGCUUCAGAAAUGGGCCCAGGAGGAGAUGCUGAUCAUAAUAUUGGAGAGGAUCCACAGAGAAAAGAGGUAGAGCACCUGAUCCAGAGCAAGAGGUGUGUGUGCAUCAUGCAGAAGUGGGGCGGCAAGCGGGAAGUGAUGUACACCGCAUUUAAAGCACUCGGGUCAUCAGUUGACUAUGUACAGGUGUGCGACUCAGACACUAAGCUGGACCCUCUUGCCUCUCUGGAACUGUGUAAAGUGUUGGAGAGUGACCCCAAGUAUGGUGCUGUGGGAGGAGAUGUGAUGAUCCUCAACCUGAAAGAGUCUUACAUCAGCUUCAUGAGCAGUCUUAGGUACUGGAUGGCUUUUAACAUCGAGAGGUCCUGUCAGUCCUUUUUCAACUGUGUGUCCUGCAUAAGUGGUCCUUUGGGUCUGUACCGCAACGAUAUCCUCCAGCAGUUUCUGGAGUCCUGGUACAAUCAGAUGUUUUUGGGAACUCACUGCACAUUUGGCGACGACAGACAUCUUACUAACCGAAUGCUGAGCAUGGGCUAUGCUACAAAAUAUACAGCCCGCUCAAAGUGCUACACAGAGACACCCGCUCAGUUUCUGCGCUGGCUCAACCAGCAGACUCGCUGGACAAAAUCUUACUUUCGUGAGUGGCUCUACAAUGCAAUGUGGUGGCACAAGCACCAUCUCUGGAUGACCUAUGAGUCCAUCGUCUCAGGUAUUUUCCCUUUUUUUGUCACCGCUACCGUCAUCCAGUUGUUUUGGACAGGCUCACUGUGGGACCUCCUCUGGAUCCUGUGCUGCAUCCAGCUGAUCGGGCUGGUGAAAGCGGCGUAUGCCUGCAUCCUGCGUAGAGACAUGGUGAUGGUGUUUAUGUCCAUGUACUCGGUUCUGUACAUGACCAGCCUGCUGCCUGCUAAGUACUUUGCCAUUCUCACCAUGAACAAAAGCAGCUGGGGGACAUCAGGCAGGCGCAAGAUUGUAGGGAACUAUAUUCCCAUCCUCCCUCUGUCAGUGUGGGCAGCCAUUUUGUUAGGUGGGCUCGGUUACACAAUCUACAAGGAGAUUCAAAUGGACUGGUCAAGUCAAGCCAAGAUACUGGAGACCAAGUUUCUUAUUUUUGGCUGUGUGGCCUACACAUGCUAUUGGCUGCUGAUGUUGUUCCUCUACUGGGCGUGGUUCCGCAGGUUAUGUAGGAAACGUUCUAGUGCUUACAAAGUGAAUGUUUAGGUCUGAAGUGAAGAACAAAGUGAAGGAUAAUAAUUUAAAUUCAAUCAUUGACCUUAUUUUAUUUUAUUGUUUAUCUUAUUUUAUUAUUUUUGUUUACUAUGUUGUUAUUUUAUUGGGACUCUAUUUCAGUUAUUUAUUUUGUCUCAUAUUUUAGUAGGUGAUGGACAGGAGCUUUUCGUGCAGCUGCUAAACUAAACUAAACAAAUAAAGAAAAAAAAAUAUUGAUAAUAUCAAUGAAAUAUAUAUGAGAACAAAUGUUUGAUCCAUAUGGAGAUGUUGCACAUUUAAAUGAAAUUGUACUGAGGGCUUUUGGGCCUGUGAACUUCUCAGGUGUCUCUUUGUCACAUUACGAUGGCAGAGAUGGCCUUCCAGCAGAUAUUUAUUCAUGAUACCUAUAGAUUGGAAAAGUUCUAUUUAGAUAGAAGAGUGUGAGUAAUGAAUCUUGGGUUAUGUGUAUGUAGAGCAUGUAGACUAGCUUAACAACACAAACAACUCAACUUACAGAUGCUUGACUGUGUCAGUUUAGUGACCAUUACUCCACCACUGUUGUUAUUGCACUGGAUCCUGCAUGGCAGUGUUACUGCAGCGCUGUAGACCUACUUGAAAAUACAGAAGAUGGCAGUCACAGUGUUGAGCAGUGGCAAAAGUGUACAGGCAGAAAAAGACGCUGUACCUCUAUGAGAAAGCUGAAAACUAAACAGUGACAAUGACUCUGUGGCUGAGGACUAAAACAUGGAGCCGUUGAAGCCUGAAACACAAGGGGACUGAUGUUGUUUCAAAUAUUGUAUUUUAUCUAAUUGCUGUAUACUCACUCUGUUGGUGGGUGUACUGUGUAGGAUGCACUUUGUUAUUGGUAUUCCAGAGUAAAAUUGACAAAAACAUAUGAUUUUUUUCUAUAGAUUUUCUUGGCAAUACACUUAUUGUAAGGGCUGGAAAUUGUCUGAAAAUGUGAAAAUUUUGAUGAUUUUGGGAACUUGUAUGGAUAUUAAUAAAUGAAAUAUUUUUCUAA